AGUCGGCACUUCUCUUGUCGUGGCAAACUCAUAACAUUCGAAAGCGUCAACGCGUGCAGUUGUGCCAGUUCAGUGCUCUUUUGUGUUUUGGAUUUACUUAAAUAUUUUUAUAAAUUAUUAUACUUUAAUUUUUAUUAAAUACUAGUCAGUUUUAAAAAUGUCGGCAGUAACUAAAGGAAUUUAUAUUGUAGGCGCAAAGCGUACUGCUUUUGGUACCUUCGGAGGUGCUUUAAAGAAUAUCAAUCUAACACAGUUACAAACUGUCGCUGCCAAGGGUGCAUUGGACGCUGCUGGACUGCGUGGCGAACAAGUCGACACUGUGGUCGUUGGAAAUGUUAUUGCGUGUUCCGCCAUAGACGGCAUCUACUUGCCACGUCACGUCAGUCUCAAUUGCGGUGUACCGAUUGAGAAACCAGCUCUAGCAAUUAAUCGUCUGUGCGGCUCUGGAUUUCAGUCUAUUGUGAACGGAGCUCAGGACAUUUUGGUGGGCGGUGCUAAGGUCGCACUCACUGGUGGUGUCGAAAAUAUGUCACAGGCACCCUUUAUUGCACGUAAUAUCCGUUUUGGCACCACCCUAGGCGCUAACUACAAUUUGGAGGAUAGUCUAUGGUCUGGACUAACCGAUUCAUACUGUAAAUUACCUAUGGCUCUGACGGCCGAGAAUUUGGGUGAACAAUUCAAAAUCUCACGUGAGCAAGUCGAUGCAUUUGCACUUCGUUCGCAGCAAAAUUGGGCAAAGGCACAAAAGGAAGGCGUUUUUAAUACCGAAAUUACACCCAUUAAAUUGAAGGUUAAGGGUAAGGAGGUCGAUUUCGUUGUUGAUGAGCAUCCAAGGCCACAAACAACAAUUGAGGGAUUAGCUAAGCUGCCAUCACUGUUCAAGAAAAAUGGUGUUGUCACUGCUGGCACAGCUUCCGGUAUUUCUGACGGUGCGGCUGCUGUUGUUAUCGCCUCAGAAGAAGCUGUGAAGGAGUAUAAUCUUAAGCCACUUGCACGCCUCGUUGCUUUUUCAUUCGUUGGUGUGAAACCAGAAAUUAUGGGUUAUGGUCCAGUGCCAGCCAUCCAAAAUGUACUGAAAGUUAGUGGCAAGAAAUUGGAGGAUAUUGAUUUAAUUGAGAUAAAUGAAGCCUUUGCCGCUCAAACACUUGCCUGUGCCGAUGCCCUGGGACUGGAUGUAUCUAAAUUGAAUGUUAAUGGCGGCGCCAUUGCCUUAGGUCACCCAUUGGGUGCUAGUGGUGCUCGCAUUACCGGUCACUUGGUGCACGAGAUGCAACGUAAGAACUUGAAGUACGCAAUUGGCUCGGCGUGUAUUGGCGGUGGUCAAGGUAUCGCGUUGUUGUUGGAGUCUGUUUAAUAAGCUGUGAAAGUCAAACUACUAUAUUGCAUUUAAUUCCUUUGCUAAUACUUCGAAAGUGUAGCAAAAUAGCUCUAAGGAUUAUUAAUAUUAUAUACAUAUUUUUUUAAAAUAUAAAAAAUAAUUGAUUAAAAAAUAUUGUUUAUUAAAGUAUAA